AUGUUUACUCCAUUCUCAUUUCAGCUUGAUCUUUAUAGAAAUUACAAUAAAACAAAACAUACAAAAGUAUAUGAUGAAUUAAUGUCAUUCAUAUGUCAAUUACCGAAUUUUACUCAUCCACUUACUCCGAUCGGGGAUUCAUCAAAAGCACGUCAUUUAUAUAUUAAUGGAUCUAAACGUGAAGAAAACUGGAAACUUUUAGAUGCAAUCAGUAUAACUUCAGGUUCAAAGCAUUCUUCAAUCAAUCAUAAUAAUAUCAACUCUUCUAUAUCAUCUAUCAAUCCUGUUAGUCAUCUUCGUGUAAAACAUACAACUUUAGGUGCUGGACAUAGAACCUAUUAUUUUAGUGGACCAUUAGCACAAUUAGAAUCUGCACUUAUUGCAUAUACUGUGGAUCGAUUGAAGAAAAGUGGAUUUGAAUUUGUUUCUGUACCUGAUAUUCUACCUGAACCUAUUAUCAAAGCUUGUGGUUUUCCAACUCAAGGAAUUCGUUCACAGAUUUAUGAAAUAACCCCACCUAUAUCUAAAUUAACUUAUUGUCUUUCUGGAACAUCUGAAAUUGCAUUAGCUGGAUUUUGUGCUGGUCGAUCCUUUAAUUGUACUUCAUCUGAAAAUGAUAGAUCAGAUGAAUCAAAUCAAUCUUCUGCACUUGGUUUAUGUGCUGUGAGUCGAUGUUUUCGUAAAGAAGUUCCUAAUCAAGAGCCAACUCUUUAUCGAGUACAUCAGUUUACUAAAGUAGAAAUGUUUGCUAUUACUGCACCUUCAUUAUCUGUUAGUGAUGCAAUGUUCAAUGAAAUUAUUAAACUGCAAAUAUGUCUAUUCGCUGAUUUAGGUUUGCAUUUUAGAGUUCUUGAAAUGCCAUCGGAGGAGCUUGGUGAUUCAGCUUACAGAAAAGUUGAUAUUGAAACCUGGAUGCCAGGUGAUCAAAUGUACGGAGAGAUUUCUAGUUCAUCAAUUUGCCUUGAUUAUCAGUCGAAACGUCUAAAUAUUCGAUGGCAAACAUCUAGAGACCAAGAUGAAUUUGCUUACACUUUAAAUGGAACUGCUUGUGCAAUCCCACGUAUAAUGAAAGCUCUAAUAGAGACCCAUCAGACUCAGGACAGGCAUAUUAUCAUUCCAGAUGUUUUAAAACCUUAUAUGAAAAUGGAAAAUAUUUACCCAGAAUUUCAAAUUAAACGUGCUGUUAAUGAAAAACCGUAG